AUGCUCCCACAGCGUCAUCCGCACCGCAACCUCUCUUCCGACGCAUCCCACAAAGCCUCUUCGUCCGACCCCGCCGCACGCCUCUACGCAGCCCGCUUGGUGUUCGCCGCUAGCAUAGCGCUUCUUCUGCUCGCCCUCGUCCCCAUCUGCAUCCCUACUUCCUCUGCUGCCGCCGCCGCAACAUCGCCUCGACCCAUCUACCUCCACUUCCCCUACAGCUGCAUCUUCUUUGCACCGCUCCUCAUCCCCCUCACCACCUAUCUCGUCAAGUCCGCCAUCCCUUCCUCCAACAACAAGAUCAUCACCGCAACCGUAGGCCGCGUCUAUGCUGCCCAUCCAAACCCAUCCCAGUGGAGCUACGCUGGCGUAGAGGGCGCCAUCGCUUUCGUCCGCGACCUCUCCAAGGCAACCUUCUACUUCAAGAUCGUCGACCUCAAGGGCACCCGCGGCGUCAUCUGGGAACACGAACUCUACGAUGGCUUCCAGUACAACCAGGACCGCACCUUCUUCCACUCUUUCGAGGGCGACUCCUGCUUGAUCGGCUUCUCCUUCGCAGACGAGUCCGAAGCCAACGAACUCUUCAAAAAGGUCUCAAACCGUUCCAAGUACGCAAAGUCAAAGUCCUCCUCCUCCUCCUCCUCCUCCAAAAAGAAGAAGGCAUCCUCCGGCGGAAAGAUCGACAAGUCCAUGAUCGGUGCUCCAUCCGGCUUCAAGCACGUCGCCCACAUGGGCUUCUCCGCAGAGCACGGCUUCAGCUCCGAAAACGUCGAUCCCACAUGGCAGGCGCUCCUCGAACAGCUCGGAAGCCUCGGCAUCAGCGAGAAAGACAUUCGUCAGAACGAGAGCUUCAUCAAGGACUUUGUCGGCAAACGCGGAGGGCCCGGCGCCGCUGCCAAACCCGCUCCUCCUGCCGCUCCCAAAGCUAAAAAGGUGCCUCCCCCGGCUCCCACCAGCAAGCGCAAAGCGCCUCCUCCUCCUCCCGCACCAAGGUCUCGCCACGCUGCCACCGCCUCCUCCGCCUCGGCCUCCAACGCCCCUCCUCCGCCACCUCCACCGCGUUCGGGAGCUGCUGCAGCCGCCGCUCCACCCCCGCCUCCGCCUCCGCCUCCCGCCAGGGGCGCCGCCGCCUCCAGCGCUCCUCCUCCGCCGCCCCCUCCUCCUGCGCGUCCCGCAGCCGGUGGCAGUGCCCCGCCGCCCCCACCACCCCCACCGCCCAUGGGAGGCGGUGCUCCACCUCCUCCACCUCCGCCUCCACCCGCUGGCGCGUCUGCGCCCAUGCCGCCUCCUCAGGACGGUCGAGGUGCGCUUCUCGCUUCCAUCCAGGGCAAAAGCGUGCACAACCUCAAAAAGACCGACGCAAACGCGCCUCCGCCGCCCGGCAGAGCCGCCGCUGUUGGCGCUGCCGCCGGCGCUGUCGCAGGCGGUGCCGUCGCCUCGUCCGGCGCAGACUCACCCGGCGCUGGCGGAGGUGAUGGCGACCUUGCCAGCGCUCUCGCCGCUGCUCUCAGCCAGCGCAAGGAGAACAUGGGCGAUUCCGACGAAGAGGGUUCCGACGACGACUGGUAG